GGUACCUAUCUACCGAGUGAUGAUGACAUAUGAGGUGAUACCUGGACCAGCACAUUGCCGUGCGGCUUUGUCGCUGACCUCCGUUCUUGUUGUUUCCAUCAAUGGUGGCUCCACAGGGAGCACCACAGCAGACCGGGAAUCCCGUCUCGCAACGGGCAUGGACCCUACAUCCGAAGCCCUGACCAGCCUGUUUCUUGUCCUGACUCGAAAACGGAUGGAUAGACUUUUUCAUCCAGUUGUUGAUCAAUUCCUUUAAUGGUUUGUGCUGGAAGUUCUCAUCUAUAAGAAGACGCCUUGUCUCCCUUGAUUUCUUCGACUCCAAGCUCGCUUUGUCUAUCGCAAGCUUGACGUUCAUUUGAAGACAACUUCUACUUUCAUUCUAUCUUCGAAGUCCUUCACUUUUAUACAUCGAAAUGAAGCUCUCCAUUGCAGCAACAUUGGGCUUUUUGGGCUGUGCCCUCGCCUUGCCCGCACCUGUUGCCAAGGAGGCCGACCUGCCAUUCCCUUCCCCAGCUGGUGGCUCUGGUAGCUCUGGCUCUGGGUCCGGCGGUUUUCCAUUCCCUAUUCCUUCAGGUCUACCUAGCGGCUUUCCAACUGGUUUUCCGUUCCCUAUUCCGUCCGGCAUACCAACUGGGUUCCCAUUCCCUAUCCCAUCCGGCCUGCCCACUGGAUCCGGUUCCAGCGGUUUCCCCGGCUUCCCCGGACUGGGUGGCAGCGGAGACUACGAAAAGCGCGAGGAAGCUCAUCGCCGUCGCGACAACCCAUCCGGCAACUUCCCCGGAUGGCCGUGGCCAUGGCCGAAGCCCAGUGGUGGCCAUCACGGAUGGCCAAAGCCGACUGGCUCUCCUUCCUUCCCUCCUGGGGGUAACGGAGGCACCCCUACUGGCGGCUUCCCAGGCUUCCCAAGCAUCACACCUACGCCUACUCCCAGCUCGACUCCUACUCCCAGCGCAACUCCUUCCGGCUACCCUUUCAGGGGUUGAGUGAGCUUCGGCAACUCCGGUCGACAGUGGAAAGUUGAGGCAAUCGACGAUAAUGGGUAGUAGGAGCAAAGGAAACUGCGACGCUUUUGGUACACUGCUGGAUUGGGUACCUGAGGAUUUAUUUAUAUGCUGUCCUUUUCUGUUCUAGAAUGGUCUUGAUUUGUGUAUCUAGAAAGCAGCGAAGUUUUGCAAUCCACAUACAGUCC